AUGCAAACCCAGUGCACCAUGUCAAAGGGAGACCGGGCUCGCCGUCUCCUUCGUCUAGAGACAGAGUCCUGGUUCCGAGGGUACACAAUCGACGAGCGCGAUCGCGCUCUUCUUGACGCUGACAAUGUCUCCUUCGUUGACUACACAGCAGGCAACUAUGUUCGAAAACUUUUUCACAUGAAGCGAGGCGAACAAUUUGGUGAGACUGAUUGGACAGUCGAGGCGGACGAUGACUGCAAGAAGAAGGUGGCUCAAGCUGGAGGUGCUAUCGUUGGAUACGGACCCUUCCCUGACUCCUCUAUUCCCUGGGUCUCGAUGACAGUCAACACCAACAUCAAGUGCGCCAAAGAUGCCGGUACCUCCUGGGGCUACCUCUCCACGCAUCCCUCAAACAUUCGCAUCUUCAGAGGCCCGCCUAAUACUUGCCCUGAUCACCCUUGGGAUGCGAUGAUUCUUCGGGAUUGUCACACCAACUCUAGCAAUUUCCAUCGAAUUGAUCAAAUUGCCUCCCGAAGGUGGGAUAUUCUUGCCAUGAAGAUGUGUGAGGACUACGAUCACCCCUGGGUCGUCGUCAGCGUCAAGGAUGCUGGCGAGGCCGCACGCCCUGAGCGCGACUGCAAUGAUGCUCACGAAUGUGGAUGUAUUAGGGACCCGAAUGAUGGACCUGUAGGGCCAUGCGGUCCUCGGUAG